AUGCUCAAUUGUCUCUGGAACUUGGUUUUACGACAACUACUCAUCGCAAAUGCAAGCAUCCUUGAGCUGGCAACCAGCUCAUCCACCAGGGCGUGGGAUAACCCAUGUCUGAGAUGGACUGCGGCCGGCUGGGCCGAGGAGCCGAAAGUGGCGUACGUCUCCGCCAUCGGCGUGGGCAAGUCGUCGCCCAACACGCACUGGGUGCUGCGCACGCUCAUCGGGCACAGCAGCGUUGAGCUCACGCACGAGGACCAUGAAGCCGCCGAGGCGGAGCUGAGGGAGGUUGAAGCAGGGAAGGUUGUGGCCAGCGGAGAAGGGGAUGGUGGGUAUGACGGCGAGUACCUCUAG